AUUCACAUUCAAAUAUGAGUCUAGCAAAUAUGAUUCGGGAGAUUUAUAUGCGGAAGCUUUUGAUUUUUGCAAAGAGAAGGGGUUUAUGCCACAACCAUAGUGUGUUAUGCAGCAAAGAAGGGAUUCCAUCUCAAGCCUCGAUUAACGCGAAGCAAAUAUGGAAGGAGGCGAGACCGUGUGCGUGACUGGAGCCUCGGGGUUCAUUGGGUCUUGGCUUGUCAUGAGGCUCCUUCAACGAGGCUACUUUGUCAGAGCAACUGUUCGCAAUCCUGAAGAUGCGAACAAGGUGAAGCAUUUGUUGGAGUUGCCGAAAGCCAGCACUCACUUGAGCCUGUGGAGAGGGGAACUGGCCGAGGAAGGAAGCUUUGACCAUGCAAUUCAAGGGUGCAGUGGAGUAUUCCACGUUGCUACUCCGACGGAUUUCUUUCCAGAUCGAGAUCCAGAGGCUGCAAUUAUAAAGCCUACAGUGAAUGGGGUGUUGAACAUUAUGAGAUCCUGCUCGAAGGCAAAGUCCAUCAGAAGAUUCAUCUACACCUCAACUCUAGGAACCAUUGGCGUCCAACCGCCGACACCGCCACCAGAGUAUGAUGAGAGCUUUUGGACUGAUGUUGAUUUUUGCUAUGCUGAGAAGAUGCCUGGAUGGGCAUAUCUUGUAGCAAAAACAAAAGCUGAGAAAGCAGCAUGGGAAUUUGCAAAAGAAAAUCGCUUACAUCUCGUUGCUGUUCAUCCAUCUGUGGUGGUGGGUCCAUUUCUUACCCCUUCAAGGCCUUUCAGUAUAGACGUAGGAAUGUCCUUGAUCACAAGAAAUGAAGGAAUCUACAGUAUGAUGGCUACAGUACCAGCAGUACAUGUGGAAGAUGUAUGCAGUGCUCACAUAUUCCUUUUUGAACAUCCACAAGCAAAUGGGAGAUAUAUAUGCUCCAACCAUACUUCUACACUUGCAGAUUUAGCAAAAUCGUUGAGCCAAAAGUUUCCUGAGUAUGAUAUUCCUACAGAGUUUGAGGGUAUUGAUGAAUCCUGGAAAGCCCCUUACUCGUCAAAGAAGCUAUUGGACUUGGGAUUCAUGUUCAAAUAUGAGUCUAGCAAAUAUGAUGUGGGAGAUCUGUACGUGGAAGCUUUUAAAUCUUGCAGAGAAAAAGGGCUUAUGCCGCAGCCAAGUUGAUAAUCAAAGAAGAGAUUCCAUUUGAUAUGCUUUUAGCUAUGAGUUUGCCUUUAUCAAAAUCGAAGUAUAUGCAUUUAUGAUUGAACUUAUUGUCUUAUUUUAAUUUUUAUAAAAAGAUAUUAGAAAUUUAAUUAAGUAG